AUGGCCAACAGGUGCCCACAAGCAGCCCUUUCGUCACACGCACCAAGGGCCACAUCAUCGGCCCUAUCCCCGUCAUCGACCGGGCGACCCGGAGACCUCUCGAGAGCUGGGCAGCGGGCAGCUUCAGGGCGCACCACCGUUGGCAGCCUAAUUGGAAAGUUCGAAAGCACCGGAUCCGAACCGACUGACGUCAAAGUGACAGCAAACAGUGGGCGCGCGAGCGAUAGCGCCCUUAUCACGCGCAGGGACAGUCCCAUCGGUCGAGGAUCGCACCCGCCGGAGGAGAUAGUGACCGGGACCGGUGGCGAAUGUAGCGAUAAGCCGGUCACCAUGGGUCUGGGCGAAGGACCGCUUCGUUCCGGUGGCCACGGGCGCCAGCGCAAAACGGCCGUCUACAGUCGGCUUUGUUUGGGUGAGGCCCUACUGGGCGAGGGUGGGCUGUUGGGCGUUGGUAAGGCGCGUGCCGGCCCCAACCCGGAUACGGUGCUGGCCGGAACGGACCACCUCGAGGUGGGCUGGCACCCGGAAGUGGUUCGGUUUCCGUGCGUCGAGCGACUGAUCGAACUGUACGCAAAUAUCAUCCGCCAGCAGGAGGCUGAAGUGCAAAGAUUUAUGAGCAGUAUUGUAAAGGCCGGCGAUAAAAGUCGAUUAGAUAAGGCGCAUGGGAGCGACCGACGGCAAGGUGACAUACGCGAGGAACCCGUACUACCUGCGUCAGUGUCACUGAAGUCGUUGCCACGGUUAAAGACAAACCCGCUGAGGUUGGUUUCGGGCACAACCGCCACCGAGGGUGACAGUCACGCGCAAACCACGGACACAGUGGUACGUGCCACCAGCCAGCCGAAGGAAAGCUACAGUCCGUCGCAAUCCGACGAAGGUUGGCGCAGCAGCACGCAGCUCAGCCCGUACGGUUCGAGUGACGAGGAAGACCGCCAACUAACGGUGCAGGAACGCGCGGAAAGCUCACCAACCAGCGAGGACACAAGCAUGAAGAACCGGGACAAGGUGACCCGCUCGUCCAGCUCCGACUCGGCCCUGGGUCUCGACGAGGACCUCAGCCAGCAGGAACAGCAACAGAUGAUCGCCACCGUAGGCAAGGUGCGCCGGUUAACGUUGGGUGUGUCAGAUAUACCCUUGCGAUCGGCUCUACUACCUGUGCCGGAACCUUCGACUCUACCGAGCAUCCUGCCACUGCCCAACUCAGAUCACUGUCCGACGGUCGUACGCAGCAAGAUGAUCCUGGAAGCUCAGCUUAUCGAGCUGCCAAACACCGGCGAUGGUGUGCCAGAUCAACCUGGCCAACAGAGCCUAGGCUGCCCACAGAGUACCUCCGUGUCACGGCGGGAGUCCGCCCAAAGUUACGUCAGUGAUUCCACCGAAGGUGUCCGGUACGUUCGCACACCCUCCGUGGUCGUGUCGGAUUACUCCGAUGACACGAUGUGUGGCAUCACGCUGGAAGAGAUCGAGUACUUCCGGCGGCACCGGCUACGCCGGGGAUCGGCCGAUUGCGAGUCUGACAUCAGUGCGGCGUCUUCCUGCAGCAACCUGAACUACUGCGGAUCGUCCAUCAGUGCGUUGGAGGGCUGCGAGUACCAAUGCGGAUUGCGCACGCCCGAACGCAAGGUGUCCGACUGCUCGACCUGCUCCACCGUCAGCUGCGAUGAGGACGAAGGAUACUCCGUUGUUCGGUCGAAGCUCGCCACACUCAGCCCACCGUCAGGGGUGUCAGAGCCAGCGGGAGGCGAUCCACCUGUUCCUGCGGUGAUCGCCAAACCAGCGAGCCACCCCGAUCUGGUGGAGGACGUGCGAGUUUGCAGCAAAAAGAAGGUUAGUCACGCAGCCGGCUGUCCGGCGGCUGCCCGACCCUUGUAGUGUUAGCGGCUAGUGGGGCGUUGUGUAGGGCGAUAGUGUAAAUUUUGUACCAAUUCCAGCUUUAACUGACCAAUAAACCGGGAGCUAAGCA